CCCGGUGUUCGGCCAGGAUUUCGCCGGAGUUGAACAAAUGCAUUAGUUAACAAUUUAGCGGACGACUGACGAGGUCAGGAAUGCCUGGAGAGAUAAAUCUUAUAAUCUCAAUCGGUGUUCGAGUGAUAAGCCCAAAAAUAUGAGUGACAGCUAACAAGUCCUCAAAUAGUGUGUUUUGUGUGAGCGUUAAACACUACACACAUUUCUUGAUUGUUCAACUUGAGGCAAUCGAUAUCCAUCAUGAUGGAUAGAAUUUCCGUUCUCGGACUAAUUCUGCUAGUUUCAAACGCUGGCUGUGGCAACUACUUAAAAUGUCCCAUGAAUCCAUGCGAAAACAAGGGUCAAUGCAUUGUUAUGUCCCAAUCUCCCUCAUCAUUCGUUCUGAAUUCAAACAAAAUCCAAACACAAGCAUUCUUUCAUUCGCCCGAAGCCAUGGAUUGGUACCAAAGCAAAUCCUUUUGUCAAACCAAUCGAGCUAGUCUCUUCGAUCCGGAGAAGACCUCAUUCAACAUGGAGGGCGCUCAGAAAUACAUGCAAAUCGGAAACCUCGACGUCCCCGAACAAGUUGACGGGUACUGGUUAGCCAAUCUGAUCGACAUGAAAUGUGAAGUGAUCUUCAAAGACACCUUUGAGCUAGCCCUCGUCCCGUGCACACUCGAAGGCUUCUUUGUUCCACUUUGCAUCCAGGAACGCACACCAACCCAAGAUGAUACCAAAGAGAACGAAUUCAUCUACACUUGUCAGUGUCGGAACAAUUUUGGUUACCAGAAUUGCACGGAAAUGACCAGUGGAAGUGGGGGGUCCGCGGGCAAAACGUUCUGCCAAGUUGAAAAAACUGACACAUCGGAGAGCAUUAUCUCUUUAAAUGUAGGAACGUCAGACAAAGUGAUCAUCAUUGACCAUGUCGCUUAUGGACGACCUUUCUUCAUGGAGCAAUCACUGACUGGAGCUGCAGCAUUCGCUUGUCGGGAGGAUGAUUACGCUCAAAAUGAAAGAGACUUUUGCGUGGCUUCGCAAUCUCUGGCAGCCAUGAUUUACUGGUGCCAAGGUAAAACUAGCUGUGAGGUCAAUACUACUCUUUUCCGAGAGAGCUCUAUCUACAAAGAAUAUUUCCUCGUGAAACAAUUGAGUAGUAGCGUUGAAGAUGCCGAGGACAGCUGUCAAAAUCAUGCUGGAACCUUGGCCAAUCCCUAUGAUUUUCAAGACAUAGAGAAGAUUGAUCACGCCAUGUUCAACAGCCCGGUGUGGCUAGAUGUGAGAGCAUUUUCCUCGCUAAAAGCAUCGCAUCAAAGUGAACAGUGCUUACUUUUAGGACCCGAGAAGGAAUUGGUGCAAACCCCUUGCCAAGGUCAUGAAGCUGGUUAUCCUGUGCUUUGCGAAGCCUCUUUUGGCUUUCAAGCCAUUGACUCCAGAUCGAAAAAGUCUAAGGUCAACCCCGAAGAUGUCACUUGUCUCAAGAGUCUUGGACAACGAAUCGUCGAAUAUCGUUAUCACCCCGAAGAUAACUUUGACAAGAAAUCCGUUUCUUGUCCUAUGGCCGUGGACUAUCGUCGAGGAGAUACUUGCUACAAAAAAACAGGCCUUAUGUCGUGGAAAGAGGCCCGAAGGCAAUGUUGGAAAUGGGGAGGUGAUCUGGCCUUCAUUCUUUCAAACAUGACCAACGCCGAGGAGUGCAUGCAACCGACUUUCAUUGCAGACAAAGAAGAGCUCUGGAUGGCCAGCAGUGAGGAAUGUCCCACAGGUGGGACACGAUGUCCGAUCCAGUUCUCUGACAUGGUUUUUGAAGAAGGAGUCUAUGACCUUUCAAACGAUAUUUGCUUUCCGGAUAUCGACACCGAUCUUGGCUGUGACUCAAAUAGCAAGAGUUGUGAGAAGCUGCGGAAAGGUUUGUGCGCCUUGGCACCCACCAAUCAACCCCGGUCAUUCCUACCAAUGCAACAAAAUUGUGAGCCAGUGCAAUCGGGAACUCCGGGAUGGCCCUAUCCUAAUUAUAAUUGGACAAUUGAGGGCGCCCCCGGCCAGACAACAGGCCAAGUUUGUCCCGAGGGCCAGGAUGGCUUGGCAUUUUGGCAAUGUGGGCAGGAAGGUGACUGGAUUGGACUUCCGGACAUGAGCAACUGCACCCGUUUGGAAAUCGAAGACGUACUAAACAAUCUCGAGGAUGAAACAAGCGUUCCGUCCGAUGUGAUUGGGAAUUUUUAUAACAAUGUGUCUUCGGGUGAAGAGUUGGCCUCCGGAGACGUCAACAAAGUGUUAACCGUCCUGGACAAAGCCAUCAAAGUUCAAGCCGACCGGAUUGAGGCCCAGGAGGACCCAGAGGCUUACGCUGACUCCUUCACUGAACAAGGCGUGAACCUUUUGGAUGACGUCUUACGGAGACAAACGGUGUGGUUGGGUUUAGAAGACAAGCAAAAGCGUCAAUCUCUCACUACGAUUCAAGACAAUCUAGAUGAAAUCACUCAGAGUAUCAUGAAAUAUUCAAAGUCCAAGCACCACUUGUAUUCUCCAGUCAGCAAGGCUGUCGAAGUUAAAAUUUCGCGGGAAAUCAAACUAUCUGAGGGGGAUUCCUAUUCAAGUGGUCAAUCUAAAAUUACCGUAUCCGGACGGAAUGAUGAGGAGAUCAGCAUCAGUUUCCAUAGCUUCCCGACCUUUGGAUGCAUUCUUAAUGCCCAAGAAGACUGCUUUGCGAUUAAGAGCGUGGAUGACACGGACGAGGUUAUUGCUAAGGAUCUAGUAAACUCGGUGGUUUUGGGAGCCACUUUGUACCAAGAUGACCAACGAAUUAAAAUCGAGGAUCAAUUCCUUGAAGUGAAUCUGACCUUUUCCUAUAACUUCCAAGGGGACAAAUACAAUUUGUCGAAGCCAAUGUGUGGUUAUUGGAACGGCUCUGGAUGGUCAGAAGAUGGUUGUGAACUCGUGGAAUCGGGUAGCCAAUUCAGUGUGUGCUAUUGUAAUCAUUUGACCAACUUUGGCGUUAUCCUAGAUAUCAACGGAAAUCUGGAGGGUCAGUUGAUUUUGAACUAUGUGUUAACGUGGAUCACCAUAGUGGGAUGUAGUGCUUCCAUAAUCAGUCUAGUCAUUUGCAUCGUCGUCUUUCUCACUGUCCCAGGACUUCGAGGCGAGCGGACCACGAUCCACUUGAAUCUUUGCUUCUGUCUUCUCUUUGCGGAGAUUCUACUCCUUUCUGGUCUGGACGCCACCUCCAAUCCUGGUGUGUGUGGAACCAUUGCGGGUUUUCUUCACUUCCUCUUUCUGGCUGCGUUUGCGUGGAUGUUUGUGGAAGGGGUUCAUGUCUACUUUAUGCUCGUUAAGGUGUUCACUUUGGAAAAAUCCCCCGUAUGGAUUUAUUACUUGGUGGGUUAUGGCACUCCAGCCAUCAUUGUCAUUCUCAGCGUAAUCAUUGUGGAAGCAACUGGAAGUCAUGGUUAUGGAACGGAUAAGAACUGUUGGUUGGAUCAUCGUAAUGGCCUCAUUUGGGCCUUUGCUGGGCCGGUGAUCGUGAUAUUGGUGGCGAAUACGGCUAUGUUUGUAAAGGCAAUGCUCAUCGCAUAUCGCUCAUUGAGUUCAAGAUCCACAUUGGCACCUGCAGUAGCCGCAAAUGGUGGGGGAAUCUCCAAAUUGAAUCGCAAAAAUCUGACCUUGGCCAAAGGUUCCUUUUCAUUAUUGUGCAUCUUGGGCCUCACGUGGAUCUGUGGAUUCUUUUAUUUUGCCAACGGAGCUGAGUGGCUCUCCGUGGUUUUUGCCCUUUUAAACUCGUUUCAAGGCGUAUUCAUUCUCAUAUUUCAUGUGAUACUCAACGACAAGGCUCGCAAGGAUGUGUCCUCCCAUUACCAAAGCACAUUCGCCUCUGUCAGCGGCUUGGUGAACCUCGACAAGCUGGAUCGCACGUUCAAGAACUAUUCGGUCAGUGAAGCGUCCCAAGCGAAUGCCAAGGCGUUCAAACAACAUAGACAGAAGCGAAGGCACUCCAAGGUUAUCAGUAUGACUGACAUCACUGAAUCCUCAUUUAUAAGGAACUCCCAAACAUCCUCGUCAGCAGCAAUUGAAGUCGGGCCUGUUGAGGGGGGAUCUUCAAGUCAAGAGGGAAGAGAAGGAACAACAAAUUCAGGUACCAAACUAAGCGAUGAGAAACUCAGUCAAUUCAAGGGAGGUGAAACCACCAUCACGGUCUAAGAAGGGCCGAUCCCACGUGCCCCUUUUGAGAUUGGGGGCAAAAUCUUGAAACCAAAGGCAUGCACAGAGUAGGGUGCAAAACUUUCUUAUUUGUCAAAAUGAAAAAUAUUAACAAAACACCGUAAUAAAUUCAUUUAAAUUGCA